AUGAAUCCGUGUGUGUCUGGAUCCUACUCUUCUGCGGGUUCUUCUACAUGUACUCUUUGUGUAGCUGGAACAUAUUCAUCUGUAGAAAGUUCAUCUGAAUGCACAAACUGUGAAGCUGGGACGUAUUCAUCACAAGGAGCCGAAUUGUGUACUAUAUGCCCACCCGACACUUAUUCGUUGACAGGGUCUUCCGGAUGUGUGUCGUGUACAAAUGACACGUGUAUAUCUUGUGAUUCCAAAAGUGGAUUGUGUACAAAAUGCGCACAGGGAAGUGGCUUAAUUUCAAAUGGGAAAUGUGAAAAAUGUCAAGCGGGGUAUUUUUCUAUUGGUGGUUUAGUUUCAUGCGUAAAAUGUGGUGAUAAAGAAUACUCGAGUUUAGGGUCUACAAAGUGUUUAAGUUGCAACCCAUUAUGUAAUACAUGCAAUACCACAAAUGGUGAAUGUCUGAGUUGUUAUCCUGGAUCACGUGUUAUUAACGGAAAUUGUGUUGGUUGUCCAGCAGGGCAGGCAUUAAACUCAAACGAAUGUAUUGUUUGUGAAACCAACUCUUAUUCUAUAGGAAAUGCAACUCAAUGUACUCUGUGUUCAAUGUGCAAAGAUUGUGAUAAGACCAAUGGACAUUGUAUUCAAUGUGAAGUCGGUUAUGAACUUGUAUCAAAUCAAUGUUAUAUGUGUUCAUUGGGAAGUUAUGGAAACAAUUCACAAUGUAUUAAAUGUCCAUUAGGAACGUAUUCUGAUACAAUUGGAGCAAUAACGUGUUUAAGCUGUCGAGAUAAUAAUUAUACUCCAAAAAUAGGUUUAAUGGAGUGUAUAUCAUGUGACUCCACUUGUAUAUCAUGUAACAAAGAAAAUGGAUUUUGUUCUUCGUGCAUUGAUGGCGCUAUUUUGAUCAACAACUCAUGUUCUGUUUGUUAUGAAGGCACAAAAGCAAAUAAAACAACACAAAAAUGUGAUAUUUGUUCUGCGGGAACAUAUUCCAAAAACCAAUCGAGAACCUGUAUUUCGUGUCCGAGUCAGUAUUAUUCUUUUGAAAAUUCAUCAAUGUGUAAACAGUGUGAAAGUACGUGUGAGACUUGUGAUAAGACAAAUGGCCAAUGCUUGACGUGUUUAAGUGGGUAUGGUCUUACUUCUUCCAGUAGUUGUAUUAUAUGUAAUCCUGGCACCAAGUCAUUGGAUUCCAAGUGUGUAAAUUGUGAUGCAAUGACUUAUCAAAAUCUCGUUGGACAAAUUAAUUGUAUAUCGUGUGACACUUUGUGUGCUUCUUGUGAUCAAACAAAUGGGCAAUGUUUAACAUGUUAUGCUGGUUAUCGGUUAAAUUCGAAUGGAACAUGUGAAAUGUGUGGAGAUAAAGAAUAUUCAUUGGGUGGUACUUCAUCGUGUUUGUCAUGUCCAAUUGUAUGUACAAAUUGUUUUAAAGAAAGUGGGAUAUGUACAACGUGUCAAUCUGGUUAUAAACAAAUUGAAGACAAAACAAAUAAAAUUUGUAUUUCUUGUUCUUCAAAUGGAAACUGUUCUUCAUGUGAUCAAAAUGAAAAUGAAUCAUUAAGAAAUUGUGUUGAAUGUACAACUGGAUAUUAUCUAGAUAACAACAAUUGUAAUAUUUUGUCUCUCUUGUUCUGGGGAAUAGUUUCAAAUGACAGUACUUGUCUUCGAUGCGAAGAAGGAACCGUGAAAAGUGGUGAUAAAACAUGUUCCAAGUGUUAUGAAUUGCUUGAUAAUUGUCAAUCUUGUAAUUAUAACAAUGGUACACCAAAAUGUAUAAAGUGUUUUACUUCUUAUUAUAUUGAAAAUGGUAAGUGUGUAUUAGCAUAUUCAAAAACGGAACACUAUAAUUAUAACACCUGUUUAAAAGAAGUUAAUUCAAUAACUGGAUGUCUUCUUCAAGUUAAUAACUCGUGCUUUUCGUGUGGAGAUAAGUACAUUUUGAAUGAACAAAAAUGUGUUCAAAAAGAUGAAACAAUGUGUCAAAAAUACUCUCAAACAAUUUGUGAAAAAUGUGUAAUGGACGUCAUCACAACAAAUGAAAAUUGUUCAAUUAAUUCAGAGUGUAAAUACCAACUUACAACAAAUAGUAAUAUCACUUGUUUAUCACAUACAAAAGAGUCGGAAAACAAUAAAUAUAAAUUUGCAAAUUGCCACUAUUUACUGAAUGAUUAUUGUUAUUUGGCCAAUGAGUAUCAUUACACAUCUAUUGAAAAUGGACGAACAAAUCAAUGUGAUAAUGGUAAUAUAUGUCGAUUGAUUGAAGGUACUGAAAUGGACUUUUUUGUUCAAAUAAAGAUAUUUUAG